AACCCUCUUCUUCAACAAAUUGAAACAAAUGUGACUGCUUAAAUUAUUCGAAAAUCCUGAAUAGAUUUUUUUUUUGUUCGUUAUGACCACCACGACAACAACGAAGGCAACAACAGCGGAUGAAUGUGAUAAACAAGAAGUGCUUUCCGCAAAUAUAAUUCCAGAUGCUAGAUUUAUCAAUUUCGAUUCAUUGUCAAAAACAUGUGUUAAUAGGCUGCCGUCUGCAUCUAUAACUGAACAUCAAGAUGAUAAUGAUGACUUUGUCAUUGUUCAACCUCAUUGUAAAAAUGAUGAUGAUUCAUCCAACAAAUCUAUUUCAAAUGAACAUGAAGAUAUUGAUCGAGAUUAUGAUGAAGAUGAAUUGGAUGAUGCCGAUCUUGAUGAUGACGACGACAAUGAUGAUUAUGAUGAGCCUUAUGAUCGACCUUAUUAUACCGACAAAAUUUCCAUUUUAUCCAAUCGAUCAAGGUUAGAACAAAAAUCAGAUCACAAUCGAUUGGAUUACCUAAUGUUAGAUAUCAUCAAAAAAGAUGAUGAUCGUGAUUCCCUUGUUGGUACUAGUGCUUCGGAUGAAGAAUUAGAUAUAUCAUCUUGCCACAAGAAUAAUUCAGUUGCAAAUAAUAAAUUCCAAUCCUCAUCGAAAGAAAUGACCGCAUGUAGAAAAUCUUCGCGAUUCAGUCCAUUUGAUAAGGAUAAAAUAAACGCUUCGAUACCCAUUAAUCAUGAGGUUUAUUACAGCAAUAAGAAAUCAGCAGCAAAUUUUACUGAGCAGUGUCACAACGUGUCACCUGAACCAUUGCAGCUACCUCCAACUUCUCAUUCACCAGAUACAAUUGAAUCAUCCGAUUGUGAUCAGCCUUAUCAUUUUACCAUGGAUGCAGCGACAACAUAUUCAACUAAUUCAUCGCAAGAUAACCUAACUUCAUUAUCACCUUUACCACCAUUACAAGAUAUGGUUAAAUUAUCCUUAUCAUCAAUAUGCAAUCAUUCAUUAUCAUUACCAGAAUCAUCGAUACCAAUGACUAAAAUGAACGUACAAAUAACAAAUUCGAAUUUCGAAAACUGUAAGCAUGAAUCAAAUGAGGACACGAUCUCAUCAUCUGAACAUCAACAGCAACGACAAUCACCUUUGUAUCCUCAAUCAUCAACGUUGACAUCUAUUCGUAAUGCUGUUUCGCAUUUAACCCGUUUAGAUGAUUUCAAUGUUGUCAAACUAUCUCAAGGUUUUUUCUCGCAAGUGUUUAAGGUUACUCAUUUACCGACUGGAAAAAUUAUGGUACUUAAAAUGAAUAAAAAUCCUGGUAAUCGAGGAAAUGCUUUAAAAGAGAUCGAAUUGCUUAAUAAAUUAAAUCAUCCGAAUAUAGUGGCCUAUAUGGGAACAGUUGUCCAUGAAGGUGGAUUGCACCCGUUAUUGGAAUAUAUUAAUGGUGGUACAUUGGAACAAUUGAUACAAAAAUACUAUUCUUCAUCGAAAAGUAAUAUUGUGGAGGAUACACAUUCAGAUAAAGUCUUGCGAGAAAAUGUAAUAUCUACAAAAGUUCAUCGGCUGCUAAAUCUCGAUAAAACUUUCAUUAAAUUAAUGCAAGAUGUUUGCCGCGGUAUGGCUUAUCUUCAUUCACAAAAAUAUCUGCAUCGAGAUCUAGCUUCGAAAAAUAUUUUCAUUCGAAAGCAUUUUCCAAAUGAUUCUGGAGAGAAACAAUGCAAAACAGAAUUUGAUGAUGAGCGUUUAGAAGCUGUGAUUGGUGAUUUUGGUUUCGCUACUGCCGAACCAACUUUCGAACAAAAACUCCCAAUUGUUGGUUCGCCAUAUUGGCUUGCUCCUGAAUGUCUUAAAAAUAAGUGGUACAAUCAUAAAUGUGAUAUUUUUUCCUAUGGUGUAAUAUGCUGUGAGCUUAAUUGGCGUACACCAGCCGAUCCGGAUUUUCUUCCCCGUAUGGAUAAUUAUGCCAUUGAUUUUUCCAAAUUGGAAUCGGGUCGUAUGGAUACGUUUUUAUCCAAAAUAGCCUUUAUGGCAUGCCAGUACGAACCGGAAAAAAGACCUGAAUUCCAAGAACUGCUAUCCAUAUUUAAUCAUGAUGUUCUUGAACUAGCCGCUGAGCAGAAACAUCAAUUACAAAAUUCUAAACGACCAGAAAAUGAUAUUGGCUCGCAAUCAUCUCGUAUUCAUUUCAAGCGUUUUAAUAGUUUCGAUUCAAGUCUUGUUCAAUCUCGUCAAAAUAGUGCCCGAUCAAUUUUUGAUUCUUCAGAAUCUCCAACUGAUAUCUUUGAACAACAUUUACAAAGGAGAAGGUAUUCAACAUUGAAUCGAUAUAAUUCUGCUCAUUCAUGAAUCGCAAUAAAUGACAAUUCUAAUCAAAAAAAGCAAGAUGUAAACCCUUUUUUGUUUGUAUUUGUUGAUUGUAUAUUUUGUUCUUAUUCAAA